AAAACACAUGCAAAACACCAUCCGCUAACACAUACUGUACACAGCGGUCACAAGUCAAUGUAUAAGUGUGUACUUUCCAUUUUACUUCAUACCUCUACUCCAUUACAUUUAUCUGACAGCAACAGUUACUGGUUAAUUUACAGAACAGCAUUUUACACAAAAAGCUCACAAAAUAUGAUGUGCUUUGACAGAAUAAACAAGUAUGCAGUAUAAAUGCAUCUGUAAAACUAAUCAAGUACAGAGUAGACCUACUUUUGAUACUUUACUGUCAAUACUUUUGAAUGCAGGACUUUUACACUCACUUGCAAGUUUAUUAGUUACACAUUGACUAAACUAAUGCAGCCUAAUACAACAACUUAUUUAAUUUGUUUUGUAUUGUGUUAUACUGGGAGAUGAUGCUAAUGUUUAUAAGGUAGAAUUUACUACAGAGAUGUUGUAUUAUACUACAAUAAAUAUAUCCAGGUGUAACUAAUAAACUAGCAAGUGUGAUUUAUACACUGUUGUACUACUUUUUUACUCAAAUAUGUGAAUACUUAUCCCAAUCAAUACAUAGUGGAGAUUCCAGUGUAUAAAGAAUAAUAAAAAACAAACUACACACAUUGUUUAAGCUUGUUUUAUGGGAUAUUUGUAUAGAGUUGUUCUGUUUAAAUAAAGAUUACUUUGACUUGGCUGUAAACUGAGCUGUUGCGGUUAAAAAACGAAGCAGCACCCCCCCCACCUCUUUCUCUCUGUAUCGAUGGCUGCAGGUGAGGGGGCGCGCGGGUAUCGAUGUGUGCGCGGGAGGGGAGGGGGUUGGACCGGGUGCGCGCGUGGCAGUGGAAGCAGCCUAUAAAGUGGAUCAGGGUCCGCGUGCAUCUCUCACCUGUCUUCAUACCUGCAAGCCGGACGGGCUCGUGCAGCAUCUUCCUCUGCUCACCUGAGACUCGGCGAUUCUUUUUCUUUUUUUUUUUUUGGCUUUUGACUAAGGUUUUGGACACGAAAGAGAAAAAGAAACCAGAAAUUGGGACUUUAACUCAACAGCAGCCACACGCAGGGAUUUAUCUGUGAACGUUGGUCUCUAUUUUUGCGCGAUUUUAACACAUUUCAGGGGGAAAACACCUUGUUCUGCAGGCAACAGCAGUGAUGACCAGUCAGUUGAUGCUGAUGGUGUGUCUCGCGCUCCUUCUGUUCGUGUUUUCCCGCUGCGGGGAGGCGCGUGUCAGACUCAACUCCAUCAGAACGGUGAUCCUGCGGGAGGGUCACGCGCUGCCAGUGAACAGGAGCGCGUGGGAGCCGAGCGUGGACCUGACGCUCUAUCAGUGCAUGAGCGACUUGGAGUGCAGCGAGGGGAGCUACUGCCACGCCCCCACCAAAGGCCCCGCCCACUCCCGCUGCCAAACCUGUCGCAGGAGAAAGAGGCGUUGUCAUAGGGACGGCAUGUGUUGUCCCGGCAACCGCUGUAGCAACAAUAUCUGUGUUCCAGAUGUGAAUAGUUUUGUGUCUCAGAGGAUCCCGGACACAGAUGGAGAGACGAGUCCACUGUCGAAAAAAAAAGGAUGGAGAAAGAGAGGGAAAAUGGACAUCAAAGGGCCUUCUGGUAAAGGUCAGGUCGGGGAUCCUUGUCUUCGCUCCUCCGACUGUUCGGACAGUUUGUGCUGCGCCCGUCACUUCUGGACUCGCAUCUGCAAGCCGGUGUUGCGGGAGGGACAGGUUUGCACGCGACACCGCCGGAAGGGGAACCACGGCCUGGAGCUGUUCCAGCGCUGCCCCUGCGGUGACGGACUCAGCUGCCGCACGCUUCGGGAGCCCAAUGCCCAGCCUUCAUCACCAUCAUCAUCAUCAUCAUCAUCAUCAUCAUCGUCCUCUUCGUCAUCAUCGCUACUCGCAGCGGCGGCAAAGUCCAAGUUUGCGCCGUCGUCUCGCCACUCCUCCCCUCACACGUCACCGCUGUCUUCAUCCUCCUCGCCUUCAUCGUCAUCAGCAAAGUCAUCGUCAGACGUGGCAAAGACGAGACUUCAUGUGUGUCAGAGAAACUGAGGACGGACGGAAAGAAAGAGACUGAUGGAGAGAGGUUUGAAAGGAAGGAAAGACUCCCUCUCUUUGCCGAUGACCGAUCCCAGAGGGAAUGAGAGGCAGCCUGAGAAAGAAGAGAAAGACAAAUGGAGGGAGGGGUGAAUAACCAUACCUGUCUACACCUGUGAAGUCCUUGUAACCACUCCUCCUCCCUAAAACUGUCCCAGUAUCUCAAUGCUAAUCAGCUUCCUGUCAAGCGGCAUUCACACACAAACUCAGCGGGAUGUGAAACUCUUUGUGGUUCAGAUCUGGUUUCCUCCUCUGUGUCUAGACAGGCAGAAACCACUUUGAAAUCUGGUUUGACGCCAUUUUACACCGACAGGAAACGCUUCUAAUAUUGCAAACCUGAUACAAGUCUGUUGUAAUCGUCUACAGCGGGCUUUAACGAUGUGCUGUUGUUUUUACUACAACACAGAAAAUGUCUAACAUACGUUUUUAUUCUACAAACAAGGGGUGCAAGAUAGUUUCACUAAUUUCUAAAUCAAAUAUCAAAACGGUUUCUAAUUUCCCUUUAAGUGGCGUUAAUCUACUUUGUAUUCAGUCCAUUUACCAUCAACUGUCCGUUUCACUUGCACUGAAGUAAGUAGAUUUAUUUUGUCACGGUUACAAAGAUAUUUUACUCCAUCAAUCCAUUCAUGUACGACAAAUAAAGAAAGCUCUGUAAAAAAUAAUUAGCACCUCAAGCCAAACAGUUAUAGGCAAGAAAAAAAAAUACAAUCGCAUUCCUGUUCCUUUGUAAGCUAGUCUCAGAAUUUCUAUGACAAAGUUUUAUGUUAGCUUAAAACUGGAAGUUGAUUUUUAGAAAUCAAAAAACAGAGCUUAACUUUGACUUGUAGCUCUGUCUAUUUUGGAAAUCGGGAAAGACAAAAGGAAGGUGAAAACAGCUCUGAUGGAUGUUAAAAAUGGUUUUAGCUUCAGUUUCACUGCAAUGGACAAAGGUGAUAUUUAGCUUAGCCGCUACAAAGAUGCUAAGAGUAGAAAAACUCACAUUAGCCAAACACAGAAACCUCAAGGAGUCAUUUAAACGAAAUAAAACACUUACUAGGUGUAUAAUGUUUCAUUAAACUCCUUAAUUGACAACUGUGCAAAAAACAAACCCUGUAUCUAAAACAUUUGGCCAUGUUUUUGUACUGCAUUCAAACCAAAAAGUCGAAAUUACAACUGGUGCAUUUCCAGUCCAGAAAAAACAUAAUUUAUUCAAAGUGUUUUCUUAAUUUGAUGAAAAAAAAAACAAAGAAAAACUGAGGAUGAGAAACUUACCAAGUUGUGAUUCUGACUUAAAUUUCUCAAAUUCUGACAUGUCUGAUACGCAGCAUUAGAGGAAGAUGAUGGUGAGGAAGAGCAAACCAGGCUUCAAUAGAAACUCAUUAACAUCCUUAAACUGUGAAAUGUUGCCUUGUUUAAACCAAAACUGUCCCUUCUCUGAGGUUUGUCCGGAUGUCUUGUUUGAUUGCACUGUUGUUAUUGUGAUAGAGAGUUAUUUUUCUAUAAGUUGUUCCUGUAUUUCGGAUGAAUGUUGGUAUAAUUAUUUGCCUCUUUGUUAUGGUUUAUUUCCAUCACUUUAAGAAGGAAUCUUCUGUUUUUGUAAUGUAAGACAGUCUGUCAACCAAUCAUCAAUCUGUGUUUUUUAUGAUUAAAAGGAUUUGUCAUUUAAAAAUGUA